AUGGAAUAUGCGGCAAAUAAUGAAUAUACUGAAUAUGCAACAAAUAAUGACGAUAGAAUUUCUAAUGAUUUAGUUAGCGAAACCGCAUCAUCUAUACAAAUUGAAUCAUCAAAUAAUAGUGGACGGCCCCCUGCAGAUGUAUGGGAAGAGUUUAAUACUAUAAAUAAUGGAGCAGGAAAACAUAAAGGAGCGAGUUGUAGAUAUUGUAAUCAGAAGUGGUCUCGAGGAAGAGCUCAUGAAAUGAAAUCUCAUCUUGCGCUAAAAUGUAAAGGAAAUGUGCCUAGAGAAAUCCGACUUAAAUUGUUUGUAGAUGCCUAUUAUGAUGUGAAAGAAGCUAUUAAUAAAGCUAAAGAAAAAAGAGCUAACCAAUCACUGAUUAAAUGGAUUGUAUAUUCUGGUAUUUCAUUUUCAGCCUUCGACAAUCCUUAUUUUGAAGACUAUACCAAAGCAUUAAAUCUUGGCUAUAAUCCACCCAAGCGUUCUGCCUUAGCAACAUCAAUUUUAGAUGCAGAGGCAGCAAAUAUUAUAAUAAAAAUGGAUAAGGAGCUGUCUAAAGCUAAGAAUUUAACUUUAUGCAUAGAUAGUUGGUGCAGUCCAUUGAAACACAGUAUAUAUGCUUUUGUUAUAAUAGCAAGUGAAAGAAAACAGUAUGUCUAUUCUUUACGAGAUUUUUCGAAGUUCACCCAUUCUGCAAAGUUUAAUGCUGAAAAAAUAAUAGAGGUAUUAGAGAGUAUUGGACUGAAAAAAUUUACAGCAAUAGUUUUUGAUGCUGAAUCAUCGAUGAUGGUGGCAAAAUGA